UACAGCAAUAAUAAAUUGUUCAUUUGUCUAUACUCUAUUACUCAUGUUUAUAGGUAGUAUUAUACCUAUCCUUAUUUUUUAUAUUUUAUUGUUUUUCUACGAGUGUUCAGUGUACCAGUGUACGACCAUCGACUAGUGGGCAGUGAGUAGUGACCACUGUGACUUAAUGAAUAGACGUGAACUUGAUUUUUAAAAAAAUGUUCUCAACUUGAAUUUUUCUGAAAUUCUUAAAUUGUCGUAAUUCAGUAGUUGAUUUGUAUACCUUUUGGUUGUCAUGUAUUAAAUCGACGUUUCCUAACCAUCACAAAAACACAUCAUGAAGACAUCCAACAAUUUCAUUUCCUUUUUGACUGUUUGUCUAGUUUUGACAAAUAUCGUAUUCGUAUUUGGGUACAUAUCAGAUUUACAAAACGAUAAAACUAAUCGUAUCACUUGGUGUACACUAAAUGUCCAAGAACAAUCAAAAUGUUUAAAUUUAUCUGCAGCUGUCAAUAGAGACAGACAGAGAUUUAACCCCAAAGAUUUCAUGGAACUUAUUUGCAAACAGGGGCUUAAUAGAGAUGACUGUAUGAUGAAGUUAGAUAACAAUGCAGCAGAUAUUUUGAGUCUAGAUGCUGGAGAAGUAUUUGUUGGUGGUCGAUAUAAUAGUUUGAUACCAUUAAUGCAACAACUAUUUGAAGAUGGGUCAACUGAAUAUUACUCAGUUGCUUUAAUAAAAAAAAAUACUUUAAAUGACGUGUAUAACCUUGGAAAUUUGAAGGGUAAAAAAGCUUGUUUUGCUGGAGUUGGUACUCAAGCUGGAUGGAAUAUACCAAUAAAUACUCUUAUUUCUAAGGGUUAUAUGAACAUUUUUGAUUGUAAUAACCAUGUGAAAACUACUAUAGAAUUCUUUGGUCACAGUUGUGCUGUAAAUUCAUUACUUGACAAGUACAAUCCAAUGGGUGAUAAUUCUGAUCGCUUAUGUAUUUUAUGCGCCAGCAAAGUUUCUGGCCAAAAAUGUACAUCAAACGAUCCAUAUGCUGGCGAUGAAGGGGCAUUCAGAUGUUUAAUUGAAGCUGGUGAUAUUGCAUUUUUACGACACACAACUGUAUUGGAAAUGAUAAAAGAUCCAUCAUUAUUUAGUAAAACCAAAGAAGAAGAUUUAGAACUCUUGUGUGUAGAUGGUUCACGGCGUCCAAUUAGUGAAUUCAGAAAUUGUAAUUGGGGGCCAGUACCUACUGAUGCUAUUAUGACUACAUCUGCAAGAUCUUCUUCUACUCGUAAUUCAUAUCAAAAAUGGCUACAGAAAGUAGUUGAAUUAUAUGGAAAACCGAAAUCCACACAACUAUUCACAACAACUCCAGACAUCAACUGGAUAGGAGGAUUCAAUCAACCUCAGUCUCAAAUUAACAACAAUUUAAACAAAAGCUUUCAUUUAUUUGAUUCUUCAGCUUAUGACAAUCACCACAAUCUUUUGUUGCAGGAUUCAACAAGAGGCUUAAGACCCUUAGAAGAAGCCCAACAAACAUAUACAAGUUAUUUAGGAAAUGCUAUGGAUGUUGUACUUGGAGUACGUUAUUGUCCUGUUGCCAAAAUGACACUUUGUGUAACAUCUGAACCGGAAAUGGAGAAAUGUGCUAAAAUGAAGUUAGCACUAAAAGUUCAACUUUUGGUUCCUGAAUUGCAUUGUUUCCGAGGUUACAGUCAAGUGCAUUGUAUGCAAGCUAUUAGGAAUGGAAAUGCAGAUGUCGCAGUGAUGGAUGCUGGUGAUAUUUAUACUGCUGGAUUGCAUUAUGAUGAAAUACCAUUUAUCACUGAAAUGUAUGAUUUACCCGAACCAGAAUAUUAUGUUGUAGCUGUCGCAAAAGAAGAGGAUCCUAGUACUGAAUUAACAUAUUUAAAAGGAAAAAUGACAUGUCACCCAGGCUUAUAUUCUGGUGGGGGAUGGAUAAUACCAAUGGCAUUUUUGUUGAGUAAUGGUUGGAUACGAAGUUAUGGAUGUGAUUCAAUACAAGCUGCUUCUGAAUACUUUAGUAAAUCUUGUGUUCCUGGUGCAUUGAGUAAUGAAUAUAACCCAGGUUUACCUUAUGAUAAUCUUUGUCAUCUAUGUAGAGGUGGUAGUUAUCGAUACUGUAAACGCGAUGCUACCGAAGACUUUUAUGGCUACACAGGAGCUUUAAGGUGUUUGGUUGAAGGUGGUGGAAAUGUAGCUUUUGUCAAACAUACUACAGUGUUCGAGAAUGUAGAUGGAAAACGCAAGCAGUGGUGGGCAAGGAAUACUUUAAGUUAUGAUUUUGAACUUCUGUGUCCUGAUGGUACUAGAACAUCGAUUGAUGAUUACAAGAGAUGUAGCAUGGGUAAAGUUAAAGCUAAUGCUGUUAUAACUCGCGGUGGUAAUGCAUACAAUCAUACUGAAGUAAUGGCAUUCACCAACCUGUUUAUGGCUGCCCAGCAGUUAUAUGGCAGAAAAACUAUGGAUGAGUUUACUUUUAGCAUGUUUACAUCACCAGAACCAUACAGUGAUCUGAUCUUCCAAGAUGCUACCCAACAGCUUGCAUCCAUCGAUAGUUCAUUAAGACAUUACUCUGAGUGGUUAGGACCAAAUUUCAUGCGAGCACGUCGUCUUGUUGACUGUCGUGCAUCUGGUACUAUAUCAUUACCAUUGGGAAUUAUAACUAUGUUAUUAUCUAUAAUUUGUAUUCACGCGUGGUUAUAGACUUAUUGUGUUCAAUUAUUUUUUUUAAAUUACGUAAGAAUCUUAUGGGCAUCAUUUAUUGUUUUGAUUGCUCAUUAAUCAUCAUAUUGUGAUCAUUGGUAGAAUCUCAAUCAUAAAAUGCUGUGCAUUAUUUAUUGCCUGCACUUGAUAAUUUUAAAAUUAAAAUGAUCCGUCCAUUUAUUAGUUUUUAAGAUUUUACUGAUAAUACAUAAGACAACAAUGAUAAAAUACAUUACCAUAAUUAUACUGUAAGUGUAUUUCUACAAGUUUAAAUCAAUUUAACAAUGUGUUUAAAAAAA